AUGAAUUUCUACCCAGUUCCACCAGUCAUCGAAGCACAAAUUCUUACACGCAUCCCGGAAGAGCUGCGUUGUAAGGGAGAAAGCGAUUGGCGAGGAGGCUUUACUGGAGCCUUUCAGAACAUCUUCCUUGAAGGACCGACCUGUGAUGGAGAUGGCCAUCUCUACGUGACCGACAUUCCCUACGGUCGCAUACUGAAAGUAGACAAACAUACCAAGCAGAUUACCGUUUGUGUCCAGUAUGAUGGAGAACCCAAUGGCAUGGCACGGCGCAAGGAUGGCAAAUUUAUUGUUGCGGACUACAAAAAGGGCCUUCUCUUGUUCGAUCCAAGGUCAAAUCAAGUCUCGCCUCUCCUUACGAGAAACAAUCUGGAGAGCUUCAAGGGUGUCAACGACGUGAUUGUCGACAGCAAGGGCAAUGUCUUCUUUACUGAUCAGGGACAAACCGGUAUGACGGAUCAAUCGGGCAGGGUCUAUCGACUUGGUAUUGAUGGCAGACUGGACAAGUUGGUGAGCAAUGGUAUCUCUCCUAAUGGGCUUGCUUUGUCGCUGGACGAGCGAUUCCUCUAUGUGGCAAUGACCAGGUCGAAUGAGGUAUGGAGACUGCCACUGCAUUCUGACGGCUCGACGUCGAAAGCAGGAGUUUUCUUCCGCUCUUUUGGCAAUGCGGGACCAGAUGGCAUAAAAUUGGAUGAAGAAGGCAACGUACUCAUCUGCCACCCGAGUCUUGGUUCAGUCUUUGUGGUAGACAAGCACGGCGUUCCCAAGGCCAGAAUCGUCAGCGGCUCACCGGGUAUCAACUUGACCAAUUGCACGUUUGGUGGUCCAGAGGGAAAAACACUAUACAUCACAGAUAGCUUGGAAGGUAACGUGCAGACGGUUGAAUGGCACUGUCGAGGCGCGCUAUGCAGAUAG